AUGCAACGUCACGUCAAGGUUGAUGGUAAGGUCAGAACCGACACCACCUACCCAGCUGGUUUCAUGGAUGUCAUCACUCUAGAUGCCACCAACGAGAACUUCAGAUUGGUCUACGACGUCAAGGGUAGAUUUGCCGUUCACCGUAUCACCGAUGAAGAAGCCUCUUACAAAUUGGGUAAAGUCAAGAAGGUCCAAUUAGGUAAGAAGGGUGUCCCAUACGUUGUCACCCACGAUGGUAGAACCCUCAGAUACCCAGACCCAAACAUCAAAGUCAACGACACUGUCAAGAUCGAUUUGGCCUCUGGUAAGAUCACCGACUUCAUCAAGUUCGAUGCUGGUAAGUUAGUUUACGUUACCGGUGGUCGUAACUUGGGUCGUAUCGGUACCAUUGUUCACAAGGAAAGACACGAUGGUGGUUUCGACUUGGUUCACAUCAAGGACUCCUUGGACAACACUUUCGUCACCAGAUUGAACAACGUUUUCGUCAUUGGUGAACAAGGUAAGCCUUACAUUUCUUUGCCAAAGGGUAAGGGUAUCAAGUUGUCUAUUGCUGAAGAGCGUGACAGAAGAAGAGCUCAACAAGGUUUAUAA